CUAAGCUCAUUGAAAAUGACUAGUCGUCUGCAACCAGCAAUUAAGACGCGAAAGGCGGCAAUUGCUAGAUUAAGGGAUAGAUCAUGUGAUAGCGACGUUCGCGACGACUUAGACGUUUCAAUUCUUUCACGUUGGCGCUUAGCUGCUAUGGCGGAUUCCCAGGUUCCUAACGUGGCAGAAGGUGCCAAUGAACCUCUUCCAAGACCAAGAUUGUCGACGGAGUCCAAUGGCGAAUCAAAUGGACCUCAGAGUCCGUCCACAGCAGCGACUUCACCUUCUAUGCACAACGAGCACGCAUCCAAGGGAUCAAUUUCCAGUGAAACAGCAAAGAUAGCUCUGUUACAGGCAGAACUGGGUCGGAUGCGCGCUGAAAGGGACACCCUUGACGCGAAUUAUCGUAGCUUGCUGGAAAAGAUAACGGCAAUGCGAAACACCCUUGGAAACAAGCUGAGGCAAGAUGCUGAAGAACUUGAUAGGCGAGAGCAAUUGAUUCAAUCGUUGACUGCGCAAAACGAAGAUUUGCAAGUGUCAGUUGACACGUUGAACACGGAACUCGUCUCAUCCAACGAAGAGGCAGAACGAUUAUCUCGGGAGCUCGAUGCACUCAGGAAUCGGGCGCUUCAAGACAAUGCCUAUGAAUCUUCCCUGCGCGAAAGGGACGCUGCUGAACUUGAACAUGUUCGGCAGGAUAGAGACGAAUGGGAACGAGUGGCAAUCGAGGAACGCGUUCGAGGCGAAUCCUUGAGCAUGGAGGUUAUUGCUCUUCAACGGCAGCUGCAGACCAAGUCUGACGAGCUCGAGGUAAUGGCGAAGGAGUUCGAGCAGGAGAAGGGGACCAGUGUUAAUUUGCAGUCAGUGCUUGAAGAUUUUCAGUCGGUCAAAGAGCUUGAGCUGAAACAAGCCCUCGCUGGGCACGAGGCCCAGCUUCACAGGGUGACCACUCAGCUCGCCGAAUUCAAGCAUCGUGCCUUCACCGCCGAGGAUAGCUUGUCUUCCACGUCACGCAAUGCGCAAAAGACAGAGCAGCUUGAGCAAGAACUCAGAGAGAAGAAUCUCCUUAUCGGGAAACUGAGGCAUGAAGCUGUGAUCGCUAACGAGCAUCUCACUGAGGCGCUGCGGAGACUCCGAAAGUCUUCACCAGAGAGCAAUGUGGAUAGGCGAUUAGUGACGAACAUCCUAUUACAGUUCCUUGGGACACCGCGGGCGGACCCUAAACGAUUCGAAAUGCUCACCUUGUUAUCGUCAAUACUAUCCUGGGAUGACAAUGAACGAGAACGUGCAGGCCUGCAGAGAGCUGGAGUGGCCUUCGGAGCAGGGGCCGCUGGGGUAGGACGGAGGAUCGUUUCAAGUGGAUCCAUCAAGGCGACCGAGAAAGGCGACGAAUCCGAAUCAUUUUCGAAAAUGUGGGUUGAGUUCUUACUUAAAGAGUCCACAUCGUCCACGACUCUACAUUCGCCGAGCGCCGCUCCUCUAGCAUUAACACCUGCAGCGUCUCAACAACAGUUUAACAUCAAUGGGUUCACAGUGACAACAUCGCCUCCUCAUUCACCUCAUUCGCCAACAUCGUCUUUGGGAGGCGAGCGACGGUCACCGUAUACAGGUCCAAGGACGUUAAGAAUGCAAUCCCUUGGAUCGCCUCGGCCAACACCUGCUACGACGAGUUCACCGAAUCUCCUCUCUUCACUUGCCCUAAACGGCUCUGGAGCGGGACUUGGGCAUGGGUCAGCUGCAGACAGCGAAACUUCCUCCCAAUCAGAACCAUCGGGUUUAUGACCAAUUUCGUCUCCCUGCAUCAGACAUCUCUGUACAAUUAAUCAUUUGCGCUCCUGGACGCUGGCACUAUUGAUCAUGCACGCCUUAAAAACACUGUAUUCGACCAAAUCUAAUUAUCAUCCCAU